UGCCAGCCCGGCCCGGAACCGGAAGCCGCCCCAGUUCAUGUGCGCGGCGGACGCGGUCAGAGACACAGCAACGGCUAUAUUAGGACAGUCAAUCACCGCUAUUCAAUCCACCGCGGCACCAGUUUCCUAAUACUACUAGUCCUCCUCCGACUCCUCCUCCUCGUUUCCUCAUGGCCACCGUACACCAGAGCGACGGCGCCGCCGCCGCGAACGGCAAGAGCAACGGCCACGCCGAGGCCCCCGCCGCGAACGGCAAGAGCAACGGCCAUGCCGAGGCCGCCCCCGCGAACGGCAACAGCAACGGCCACGCCGAGGCCGCCGCCGCGAACGGCGAGAGCAACGGGCACGGCGAGGCCGCUGCCGCGAACGGCGAGAGCAACGGCCAUGAGGUGGCGGCGGCGGCGCCGGAGGCGGUGGAGUGGAAUUUCGCAGGGGCCAAGGGCGGCGUCCUGGCGGCGACGGGGGCGAACAUGAGCAUCCGGGCGAUACGGUACAAGAUCAGCGCGAGCGUGCAGGAGAACGGGCCGCGGCCCGUGCUGCCCCUGGCCCACGGGGACCCGUCCGUGUUCCCGGCCUUCCGCACGGCCGUCGAGGCCGAGGACGCCGUCGCCGCCGCGCUGCGCACCGGGCAGUUCAACUGCUACCCCGCCGGCGUCGGCCUCCCCGCCGCACGAAGUGCCGUGGCAGAGCACUUGUCGCAGGGUGUGCCGUACAGGCUAUCGGCCGACGACAUCUUCCUCACCGCCGGCGGAACUCAGGCAAUCGAAGUCAUAAUCCCGGUUCUUGCCCAAACUGCCGGCGCCAACAUUCUGCUCCCCAGGCCAGGCUAUCCAAAUUACGAGGCGCGAGCGGCGUUCAACAAGCUGGAGGUUCGACAUUUCGACCUUAUCCCGGAGAAGGGCUGGGAGAUCGACCUCGACUCGCUGGAAUCCAUGGCCGACAAGAACACAACUGCGAUGGUCAUCAUAAACCCAAACAAUCCAUGUGGCAGCGUUUACUCCUACGACCAUUUGGCCAAGGUCGCAGAGGUGGCAAGAAAGCUCGGAAUAUUGGUGAUUGCUGACGAGGUAUACGGCAAGCUGGUUCUGGGCAGCGCCCCGUUCAUCCCAAUGGGUAUGUUUGGGCACAUUACCCCUGUGUUGUCCAUAGGGUCUCUGUCCAAGUCAUGGAUAGUGCCUGGAUGGCGACUUGGAUGGGUAGCGGUGUACGACCCCACCAAGAUUUUAGAGGAAACUAAGAUCUCUGCAUCUAUUACGAAUUACCUUAAUGUCUCAACGGACCCAGCAACCUUCAUUCAGGCGGCUCUUCCUCAAAUUCUUGAGAACACAAAAGAAGAUUUCUUCAAGGGGAUUAUCGGUCUGCUAAAGGAAUCAUCAGAGAUAUGCUAUACAGAAAUAAAGGAGAAUAAAUACAUUACAUGCCCUCACAAGCCAGAAGGAUCGAUGUUUGUAAUGGUGAAACUGAACUUACAUCUUUUGGAGGAGAUCCAUGAUGACAUUGAUUUUUGCUGCAAGCUCGCGAAAGAAGAAUCGGUGAUUUUAUGCCCAGGGAGUGUUCUGGGAAUGGAAAAUUGGGUCCGCAUUACUUUUGCUUGUGUUCCAUCUUCUCUUCAAGAUGGCCUCGAAAGGAUCAAAUCCUUCUGUCAAAGGAACAAGAAGAAGAAUUCAAUUAAUGGUUGUUAGUUGUACAUCUGACUGAAGCUGUAAAUCAUUUUCAGUUAUCCCGAUCUAUAUCUUUCAAUAAAAUGGAACUUUUAGUUCUCUAUGAAUAGAAGUCAACAUCUCCUUGAAUAUGUUAUGGUUGCCAUGGCCCGGACGAAACAUAGUGAAUGUUAGUGCAGUUA